CGGCGGCGCCGAGACCAUGAACCGCGAGUGAGGGCCAGAGCGGAACCGGGAACCCGAGGCGGAGGGUCGGAGCGGGGCCGGGAACCGGAGGCGGAGGGUCGGAGUGGGACCGAGAACCGGAGGCGGAGGGUCGGAGCGGGACCGGGAACCGGAGUCCGGAGGGUCGGCGCGGAACCGGGAACCACGACCGAGGGCCAGAGCGGAACCGGGAACCAGAGUCCGGAGGGUCGGCGCGGGGCCCCGGGUCGGAGGCGGCCGUGAGCCGGAAGCUCCGGUUGUGGGGGGCGGGUCGUCGGGAAGAGGAUGGAGCGGCCGGUUGCAGUGACCGGUGAAUCGGUGGGCUUGGAGAUGGGGCGGCUGGCAGACUUGAUGGAGCCCGAGAUGGUGAACGCCCCUGUGUACUGCAUCUGCAGGCGGCCGGAUAUCAAUUGCUUCAUGAUCGGCUGUGAUGAGUGUAAUGAAUGGUUUCACGGAGACUGCAUCCAGAUCACCGAGAAGAUGGCCAAAGCCAUCCGCCAGUGGUACUGUCAGCAAUGUCGAGCUAAUGAUCCGACCCUCGCCAUCAAAUACCGGCAGAAGAAGGCGAAGGAGAAGGAACGGGCGGGCGAGGUGGCGAUUGAGAAGGAGAAGAGGAAAGAGCAGGGGGACGUGAGGCUGGACAAGAGGAAAGUAGCGGCAAAUCAAAUAAAGAGGUCUGCGAGGAUGUGCGGGGAGUGUGAAGCGUGCAGGCGAACCGAGGACUGCGGGCAGUGCGACUUCUGCAAGGACAUGAAGAAGUUCGGGGGCCCCAACAAGAUCCGGCAGAAGUGCCGGCUGCGGCAGUGCGAGAUCCGGGCGCGGAAAUUGCUGCGGGUGCGCGGCGACGAGCUGAUGAUCAUCAAGGAGCAGCUGGCGCAGGUGAAGACCGACCCCGAGUCCAUGUCUGAGGACGGAGACCACGGCUCAGCCCCGCACAUGUACCACGACUACGCCGCCUCGCUCAGCAGUGGCGACCAGAACAAGCCGUGGUUUAGCGAACCUGAGGACCCUCUGUUCAUCGAUCCGCCGUUGCGCAAGCGCGCGGUGAAGGUGAAGCACGUGCAGCGGAGAGAUAAAAAGUCGGAGAAAAAGAAGGAAGAGAAAUACCGGCGACACCGUCAGAAACAGAAACACAAACAGAAACACCGGCACUCCGACAAGGUUGAAAGCCGCGAGCCCAGCAACCUGAGGCAGUGCCUGGGCCCCAGUUGUGUACAGGCCGCCCGACAGGGCUCCAAGUACUGCUCCGAUGGCUGCGGGGUCAAGCUGGCUGCCAACCGGAUAUACGAGAUCCUGCCACAGCGGAUCCAGCAGUGGCAGCAGAGCCCCUGCAUCGCCGAGGAGCACGGUAAGAAGCUGCUGGAGAAGAUCCGGCGUGAGCAGCACCAGGCGCGCGGCCGCCUGCAGGAGAUGGAGCGGCGCUUCCACGAGCUGGAGAACAUCAUCGCCAAGGCCAAGCAGCAGUCCAUCAAGGAGGACGAGGAGGUGAACGAGGGUGACAGCGAGGAGGCUGACUUUCAGAUCUUCUGUGUGUCCUGCGGUCACCCUAUCAACCCCAAGACGGCCAUGAAGCACAUGGAGCGCUGCUAUGCUAAGUACGAGAGCCAGACCUCAUUUGGAUCCAUGUACCCAACCCGUAUCGAGGGGGCCACUCGGUUGUUCUGCGACGUCUACAACACCCAGAGCAAGACCUACUGCAAGCGGCUGCAGGUCCUGUGUCCCGAGCACUCCCGGGACCCCAAGGUGUCGGCGGAUGAGGUUUGUGGCUGCCCACUGGUGAAGGAUGUCUUUGAGUUGACGGGUGAAUUCUGCCGUGUGGCCAAACGCAAAUGCAACAAACAUUAUUGCUGGGAGAAACUGCGUCGGGCGGAGGUGGACCUGGAGCGUGUGCGAGUGUGGUACAAGCUGGAUGAGCUGUUUGAGCAGGAGCGGAAUGUGCGAAUGGCUAUGGCGUACCGGGCGGGUCUCUUGGCCCUGAUGCUACACCAGACCAUCCAGCACGACCCAGUAACGACAGACCUACGAUCCAACAAGGAGCGCUGAUGGCCUGUGGCGCCAGGUCCCAGCGACAGAUCUGAAGGGAGGCGCUGCAACCAGAUGCCGGGAUGAAGUGUGAAUCCUUGCGCCUUGCCCCAGCGCUGCCGAUCUCACUGGGGAGGAGUCGUUGCCCUGCCACUUCGUCAAACCCGGAACCAGACCUCCGCAGCACCUCUCCCACCCACACCCACUAAAAACUCCUUCGACUUCUUUCCAGAGGGAUGAGAACUGUUGUCCAUUUACUGUGGAGGGAGUCGCUGGGACUGAGGGAAUGUCUUGCUGGAGGUGAAGGCGUUCUGUCACUGCGUCGCCACGUGGUUAUCUGACCAGGCUGAACCAUGCCUCCCACGUGCCUGGAACUGAAAGAAACUUUCUCCUCAUCCUGCCCCCAGACCUGACAGUUUCCACAGUUCCCUCGGGUGCUUGAACCGUGUACAGAACCUGACUGUAAACUGCGUGUGUUUUUUUCCUCGUCUGGCAGCACUCGCUGUCCUAUACCCUGAAUAAAACAAGUGCCUGUCUCUUUCUUAACCCUCCAGUCU